AUGUCCGCCCUGCUUCCGUUUCGAGACAAGCGGCUACCGCCGGUGCCAGCGGGAGCAUCCAUGUACCACCAUGAUCCUCUUUUGCAUAUCGAACGCCAGGCAAAACACAUUCAGCAAAAUCUCCAGAUACUGAUUGAUGCUCAGGGAGAAGGCUUACUCGCGGGUCUGGCCCAGUCCCACCCAGAAGAUACCUCGGAGGGAAGCUUUACCCCAACCUCCUCCGCUACCGGUCGAGCUCGGUCUCCUUCCACCAUCCCUCUCCGACAACCCCCCGUGAGAAAAAUUGGACUUCGCGCUGCACGACAGGGUAUAUUCCAGUCAAUCUAUGAUCUGCUAAAGCUGAGGGAGGAGGAGCGUGAAAUCUUGUCGUCUCAGGCGGAUGAACGGGAGCAUGCGCUCCAUGACAUUCAGAGAUUUAACUCAAGACGAGGCGGCUUGGAGGAAGCGAUAUCAUCUAUCCACAAUGACCGAGAGGAGGGAAAAGCCAGGCAGUUACAAGAAGAAGCUAACGGGCUUGAGACUGACAUCCGAGAGCUGGAAACUAGGCUAUUUGAGAUGAAGGCCAAACACCGGAAUAUGCUCAGCGAAAUAUCGAGCAUUCAGAACUCAGUCGAUGCGAAACUCUCCUCUUAUAAUGAGUCCCUCUCCAUUCUACAGUCUAAUAUUCGAAAUUACCUGCGCGAUCCCCCGAUUCAACCUCUGUCGCGACGUUCGAGCGAAUCCACCUUCUACUCCCUCAAUGCCAAACGCCGAACACUGGAGAUGGCAGAGGAACACUGGAUAUUAGAACAAGGCGACAUUCAGAAAAGGCAACAACAAGUAGAUACAGAGAUCUUAGCUCUGGAGGAAGGGGGUGGUGUUUGGAAACAGUCCAUCGCGGAUGUGUCUGGUUUCGAGAAGCGGCUGAGAGCCAAUAUGCGCCAUUUUAUUGAAAUCGAAACCUCCCCCAGUACUACGAAUGGCGUACAGGUGUCGGGAACGAAAGAAGAACUCGCUGCGAAUGUGUCCGACGACUUGGACCGGACUACUCAACGAUUGCAGACCCAUUUGAGCCUGGCAGAGAAGAAGGACUGGAAGCUUCUCGUCUGUUGUCUCACUGCAGAGAUCGAGGCGCUUCGAGAGGCACGGAAAAUGCUCCUCCCAGCCUUUGGCCUGCCUUCCCCCGGUGACGCGCCGACUGACAAGUCGCCCUCACCAGCCAGUCCUGUUCCAGAGGAGCCGGCGAAUGGCCACGAGGAGCCGGAAGACCAUGGCGACUCUGAACCUCCUCCCGACUUACUGAAUGAUGAAGCUCAGCAUAUAGAUGUUGCAUCACGGUCGGAGGACGAUGAGCCUGAUCCCGCCUGGCUUUAA